CUGGGUGGGGUUCACUGUCAGUUCACUGGUCCAGCUGGGUGGUGACCUCAGACAACACCCCACAGUAAUUGAACUAUUAUUACAUGGUUAACGUCUCUCCUUGGUGGUAAAUGUUAACAAGCCUUUACAGAGGAGAUCUACCGCCAGGGCUUCAUGUGAGGGAGGGGCUUCAUCACCAGAGACGUGAUGGGCUCCUGACAGUUAUGAUGGUGAUUGAAAUUCCCCAACAGAACAGAAAACCAUAAUAUAACUCUCACAUGAACCACAUUACUCUUAACACUGUGUAGUAAGAUAUGGUUAAUUGUUUUGGAUUGUGAUCAAAUAAUCUGUAUAGUUGAAGAAGAAUUAACAUUUAAGUAGUGAACACAGUUACCUUACCUCACAAGAUGCAGCUGUUAAGGAUUCACUAUCAGAAGCUGUUUGUGUGUGUGUCGUUUGUCAUGUUGGUGCUGGUGGUGGUGCGUGUGUGGGAGGGUGACGACGGGACUGUAGCGACCCACCAGAACCUGCCCGGCUCCCUCAAGAUCCCGGAAAAAAGGGUGAGCGGUGUGAGGGAGAACAGCAUCAAUAUCGACUCCCCGGUGCUGUCCGCCUCCCAGCACAGCGGUCGUGGGGCGACGAAGAAGAAGAAGAAGGCAGCGGGGACCAAUACUUAUACUGAUCUCUUCCAGGAUAUGGCCAAGGAAGAGAUGUGCCCUCUGUGUUUUGGCCACGACCUGUGUGAGGACGUCUCCGCCGGCUUCUUGACCUUGGCAUCGGACACUCCUAGUAAACAAGAUGGAGCAGCCAUGUAUGAGGCCUACUUAGGAGACAUGCAUAAACUUUCAGUCAAGGUUCCUCUCGGUGACCGGUUCAGUCGGCUGGAUGAAGCCGUUUGUAUGAAUGCCAGCCUGGGCACGGGGUGCAGCGUUGGGUCGGCAGCGUACAGAUCGUUCUUGGCAAGACCCCAGCCAUUGACGACUCAGGUUUUACACCACCUACUACGUGUUGUUGGGAUCCCCCGCACCCAGUACCCGUUGUUAAUGUGUCCAAGUGAGAAGCUUCUUACUGUUAUUGAACGAUCCUUUGACGAUAACGAUGACCACAACCUGAGUCAAGGCGAGAGAAUUACUUUGUUCACAACACUGGCCAUCGCUCCAGACAUUGUCGUCCUCAAGUUGUUGACAAAGGCGAGCCUCAAUGUCGGUUUCCCUCGACUAGUUGGUGUGUGUGGCCGGCUGGGAGUGUUAGAGGACGAGAUGACUCCUCUGGCCUUCCUCCUGGGUGAGCCCUUCAACGUUCGUGCCUCGCUCGCCGCCCAGAUCCUGACUAUGGUCGAUGACUUUAUGGAAGAUGACCCGGACUGGUACCUGUUCUAUGGGUCGUGGUCGUUGGAGAAGCUAGCCGUCAACAAGGAGGGAGAGGUGGUGUUGACUGACCUGGCUAGCAUGGCGGUUGUGGACAAGAGUUUGUUUAGAGGUGACUACGAAGACGGCAGUGAGAACCGGGUACAGGAGGUGUGCAACAAAGAGUGUUUCCAGAAGUUCACCGGGGAAGUUUACAGAGAAGGCCACGACACGGAGGAGAUAUGUUCCCGCGUGGAAGACGUCGGCCACCUGAUGUAUGCAGCCGUGUGUGCUAUGAUCCUUAGUGACAUGGAACAGCACAAGUAUGUCGACUACUUCACCAGCAGCGCGGGUCAGCAACAACAUCCUCGCACCACGAAGGGUCUGCUACACAACAUCCCGGCAGCUGACAGGGCCACGGUAGAGGAGCUGUUGGCUGAGUGUGUGGACGAGGCAGCACCGGGGGGCCGCCUCCAGUCUGCUCAAGAACUCCGUGAUUUUCUCUCGGACUUCUUACUGGACGAAGACGAGGAGGACGGAGAUGAUGCAGCGGGUAACAAGGACGACGAUGACGGGGAAGAUUAUGACGACGAUGACUAUGAUUAUGGAGAAGAUGACGGCUAAGAAAAUAAUAAAAGUAACUCAACAUGCAGGUAAAAAAAAUGUCAAUACAGGUAUUUUAAAUUAAUGUCAGGAGUUUCGAAAGUCUGAGAGGUAUGUAACAAUCAUUUCAUACCACGUUACAAUUAUCUGAGUAAUUAUGGAAUUACCCUGUGUGUUGAGGUGGUGUGUUUGUCACCUUCAAGUGUUAAAUUUCCUUUUCAACUGUUGUGGAUGAGCUGUGAUAUACAGUAAGUUGCAACAACACAGUACUAAUUUGUGUCUUUUUUAUAACCAUACUGUGUAAAAUAUGUUAUGUGAUGCCAUGGUAGUUAACGUGGAUGGCUGCUAUGCCUUCUGUAGGAGACGGCAUUAAGGGUCGUGUCGGGUGUGACGUUGACAAGAUGGAUGUUUUUGGACCCUGUGUAUGUGUUAGGUUAGGUACAGUUCCCUUCACUAGUGCGUUUACAGGGGCUCAUCAGGUCUUGUGCAGUGUGGCAGCUCUGUGUUUGUUUACAUUAGACAGAAGGAAACUCACAGUAGUAAACAUAUGAACGUAAAACAAUAUUACAACAAAUAUCUUGAUGUAAUGAUUUGUGGAAUGUGUAUAUAAUGAGCCCCUGUAAACCCACUAGUGAAGAGGACUGUAUGUGUAAAGGGUAUUAACAGUGUGUCUUUGUGUAUGUGGGUGUAUAAAGAAGACAUUUACAGUUUAUAUGUUUUAAUGGGACUAAAUAAUUCACAUUCAUGCUGGACAAGAUGUAUUUGCCUGUAUCCUCCAGUGCAGUGUUUUUCAAACUUUUUUUACUGCGACCCACAGCCAGAACAACAAUUUGAAUUGCGACCCAUUAAACCGAAGUGUAAUGAUAUGAAAUGAGUAAAUCAAAGACAAACACUGUUCACAAUUUUCCUUUAUUUAGCAUUGACAAAAUUCAUGUAAAUUUCUCAUGAUCCAUUUCUACUUGAAUUAUGGUGCAUUUAUUUUUAUUUUCUUAUUUAUUUUCGCGACCCAUUUUAUUUAUUUUUUCUUAUUUAUUUUCGCGACCCAUUUUAUUUAUUUUUUCUUAUUUAUUUUCGCGACCCAUUUUUAUUUUGCGACCCAAUUUAUUUAUUUCGCGACCCACUGAAGGGUCGGGACCCAUAGUUUGAAAACCCCUGCUCCAGCGUACUUGAAUUUGUGUUUUAAGUUGGAAUGUAUGACACACACACACGGUCUUAAACACAGUAUCACAACAACUAUGAACCCCGGAUGUGACCAAUUAACUAGUUAUCAGAUGUUAGUUUUGUAAUCUUAUAAUAGUGUGGAUAAUCGCAGUCCUAUGAAGCAGAAUCUUCAUAUUUCCAUUUUUCAAAAUAUAAAUAAGAUUCAUGAUUAAUUUUUUUUUUAAUUUGACGAAUGAAGCAGAGUAUUGAACCAUACUAUUUUGAAUUGGCAUUUCUUGGCUUAUGAGGAUUGUGUUUCAUCUGGCAGGGCUUUUGCUAUGGUAUCCGAUCAUUGUGCUGUGACAGAUGGCUGCUGCUUCUUGUCAUAAUGCCACCAUGGAGGAUGAAUCACUCACGUCAUCCAUCCUCAGUUAUGACACGAUAUGAGUCAAUUAGGAAGUACUGUACAGCAGACGAGUUGCUUAAUGGCCUUAUAAAGUCUGGAUUCACGGUUACCCCAAACUCAUUAAUACUGUACGCUGGUUUUGACUUACCGAGUACUGUAUACAGUUAGUUUAGCUAAUGGUUUUAACUGAGUACCUGUACAGUCUAGGUAAUGGUUUUGACCAAGAGAGAGAGAGAGCACAGUUAGUUUAGGUAACGCACAGAAAUAUAAGAAAAUCACAAUAAGGUGCACAAAAAACAGAAAAUAUAUAAGCAGCGUAACUUAUAACAGUGCCGACUGUCGCGCAUUCUCUCACACAGUACAGUAUAGGCCGCCAAUAUGUGUAAGUUUUUAUUUUGAUAUAGUUUAUGUAUGUGAAAGUAAAAUGAAUAAUAUGUUGUACAAAUUUCUGGAUCUGACACUGAUCAGAGAUAAUGAUGAUGGUCACAGUAGAAUGUUUUGCACAAGUUAGGGGUAAUAUAGAGAGUUAAGUCAGUGAUGGUCUAGUAAUUGCUUUAUAUCAUCUUCAUUCCUAACCUAACAUAACCUAACCUAACCCAACCUAACCUAACCCAACCUAACCUAACCCAACCUAACCAAAUCUAA